GUAUGUUCGAGAGGGAGAAAGAGGAAGCGGAAAGGUACAUUUUCUCAACCCAUGAAGACAGAGACUAUUGAUGAAGAGGGAAAAGGAAAUGAGGCUAUUGACAACUUAUUUUCUAAGAGUGGAGCUAAAUGGAUGACUUAUGAAAACGUUAGGAUGUUUGAGAAUGAUACUUCCGUGUUAGACCUAGACGAUGCUCAAAAUGGAGAUAAGUCUGAAGAUGUUGAAGGACCGACAAGGCAUGCUGCUGCAGGUGAUCAGCAUGAGGUGGAAAUGUUUUCUAACCCAUGUUCUAAUGGUGUACAAGAUGUGUGUGUCGAGUUUGCAGCAAUAAGUGAGCCCAACCUAGUUUUAGAUAGAGAAGUUUUAGAGGAACAAUCUAAUGCCUCCGUCUGUGAGGCCAAUAUAGCCACCUCUGUGGUCCUUGAUUCUGAGGUUAAAAGUUGCUCACAAGAUGACAGAAAUUUCACUGUUGAGGUCGGCUCACAGCCGCAUCCAUCUGAAAGGACUGGAGAUCACUGGAAGCCGUGUCCCACUGAUCUUCCUUGUGCAUCUAAGAGUGCCCAGGGAUCUCCUCCAAGAAAAACAUCUUGCCAACAGGGUUCUCCUUUAACAGAAGAAGUUACACAAGUGAAUUCCAAGAUGUCAUCACAUACUUCUCAUGAAAGUCCUCGAAAAUCUGCUGAUGAUACAACAACAGCUGGCUUGGAAGUUCCUAAUGAUAAAGCAAGUCCUCUUAAAAAUGAGCUACUCUUAUGCAAAGAAGAGUGUCAAGACAGCGAGGGUGGCACUGAUCAGGGAACCGAUCAAUUCAUCUCUAUUCCUGAUGCUCCUGGAAAAGAUGACCUCCUCAAAAGUUUCACUAAAACCCUUGAAGAGGUAACCCCUAAAAAACAGAUAAAAAGAAGCUGGGACAGCACAUUAAGUACAUUGUCCCCUAGGUCAUUGGGCGUUGUGAAAUGUGUUGCCCCUGCAGAAGAGAUUAGACCACUUGGAUCUAUUGAGGGCAGCAAUACUGAACCUAGUCUUGUUCCAACGGUUCAACCGUCUAAUCUGCCAGAUUUGAAUAUUUCAAUUCCAACCUUGGCCUCAUUUCAACAUCCUCUCACAGAUUCGAAAUAAUUGCAAUUGUGUGCUCAGUGAUGGAACCAAACCAGAUGAGGCGUGUAUGAUGUCGGUGGUGGCAGAAGCAUAUGGGAGAAUGUUUGGCGUGUUGCUGUUUUUCAGCAUCAGAAGUCUCCACUGACCUAGUUACUGUGAACAGCUAAAAUGUUGCAGUUAAGGCUGAACUGGAACUGGGUACAAUCCAACCCCUCCUCAGCAGCAGUUCUGGUAUGAUUUUUCAUCAUUUUGUUCAGCAAAUACCAAGAGAAACAACCUAGUUUGCUAAUCUUCUACAUUAAUAGAACCUUUCUUACAGAUGGCAUUCAGAUUGUGGUGACUGGAAACUGAUUAGGUGGACAUUUUACUGUAGGUGUUCGUAAAUGUAGUGUGAUUAGGAGAUAAUGCAAAUGUAUAAAAGUGACCCCUUGUAUUUGUAUUACUUUUUCUUGCUUUCAUUUUCCAUUCAAGUUUGCCUACUCAACAUUGUUUCUACUAUAUUAGUUUCGCCAAAAUUAUUUAAUGCUAGAGGUACAGAGUUGGGGGAGAUCAGAACCCCUAAA